GUUUCAAACUGUUGAGAAGCUAAAUUUAAAAAUUAGGAGGUUAACGAGGUCCUGUAUUUUAAUUAUGCUUCAAUUAGCCACUCGGUGCGUAUAGCUGACUUAUAAUUCAUAUACAGAAAGUGGAAGAACUGAUUAUUAACGACGGCGAAGUGCCUGAAUUUAGUUUCUGGAUUGGAUUAACUUUAUGUUAGCAAAAUUAGCUCCCAUUAGCAUAACAUUUAGUAUUGUUUACUACAGUGACAACUGUUUUUCGCUGUAAUGACUGCACAAUCCCUGCAAAGUGGUCCCGGGAUUUUCUCAGGAAAGCAGAGCGAAGAGAGAGACUGGGUUGCUUUAGGAUCAACCAGAAAUGUUCACAGCCGCAGCGGUUUAACGGCUGGGAUGUCCCAUACCAAGCUGCUGUUCAAUGACACCGUCCCUGCAAGUACUAGAAACCGUGCCACACAUGUUGGCAUGCCUGCCCCCAUUGUGAUAGAGCGACUGCUGCCUGUAUCAGAAGUUAAGGAAAAUGUGGACAGCGCCAGAAGCUCUUUCAGCUUCACCACACUCUCUGAUGAGAGGCUUCAGGCAGCUGUUAAGCAGGCCAAGCGAGAUCUAAGACGAAGGCACCUUGAAUCACUGACAAAAUUAUCGGCCAAACCUUCUCAGGAGGCCUCACUCUUUGAAACAAGUGAUGUAGAACUCCGUCAGGAGUUUGCAGCAAGUCCAAGUAAGAUGAUGUCAAAAGCAUCCAGUCCAAAAGAGAAGGUGACUGUAGCUGGAGCCAAACGACACACAUCCCAGAAACAUCCUAUUUCAUCCAUGCCUCGAAUGGGCCGCUCACCCCCAACCAGAGACCCUGGCCUUAGGCAGGUAGAAGGAGGCAAAGAGGCACCUUUAAGCCAUGAGAUCCACAGGCUGCAAAAUGAGCUGGAAGUGUAUAUUCAGAAAGUGGAAGAGCUGGCUAACAGAGGGGAGAAAAUACAGGAGUCAUUAGAACCUGAAGAGGAAAACAAGUUGGAGAUACGCAGACAGAAACAGGCAGCUCGCUCAGCUCGUAUUAUUUAUGUUCUGCAGCAACAGGUAAAAGAGAUACAAGAAGAUAUAGAAAAACUACGAAGCCAGAAAAUGUGGGAUGCUAAAAAGUCCAUGGCGAUAAACAGGCUUGCGGCUGCACAUCGUGGGGCACUGAGGGCUUUACAGGUUUUUAUCCAUCAACUCUCUGAUCUGUCUCACAGCAAAGUGCCUCCUUAUUCCAAAGAACUGGGGCAGCUGAUUCGCCAGCUCUCUUUGUGCUCAGCUAAAGUUGAAGUGGACCAGGGCUCAGCUGUGCCUGAGACGGCCCUUGACAUCCUGCAGAAACUAGAGGCUUUGGAUUCUGCUCUCAGUAAACAAGAGAUGCUGAAAAAGAUGCAGGCUCAAGCAUGCCUUCCGCAAAGGAAAUCUCCUCAUCGCAGCAAGUCUCCUACGACUGCACCCCGGCGUCCCAAACUGCAAGGAAUUGCUCGAGGUCCUUGGAAAGCAAAAGAUCCCAGAAGAGGCCUCCAUGCAGAUAAAAGAGUGGCCUCCCAGAAACCCAAAACCACUCAACAGCCCCUCAAUAGAAGAGAGGUGCUGCGGUCUGGCCUGGAGAGCCUCGUCCAGCAGAGGGAGCCGGAGAGACGAUCCCAGACCAAUACUAACAGCAGAAAAGAGCUGCCCUCUCAGAGACAAAUGGCUGAAACAAUAAAGCAUAAUCAGAUGCAAGAUGCAGGCUUCCAGCAGCCUACAGUCUCCUCUCGGCUCAGAGUGAACCAGCUCCCUCAAAAAGAGCACUCUGUGCCCUGGAUACCUACAUCCCCUCACUCUCCUCCUCCACAGCGAUCCCCACAAAGGGGAAGACCAGAGGCUCGUUGUCUCUUUUCUCCAGUGAAAUCCUCACCAGACCCUCCAAAGCAGAGGCCUGGAGGUAGUUUGGCAACUGAGCCAGGCCUAAGCUCACAAAGGAAGAAAGAAGCUCAGAAUGAAGCAUUAAGGAAAGCUUGGCCAGAUAAGAUAACUGCGCAGAGACUGCAAGAGCUGAACCAGCUGAGUAAAGAAGAGGCUGAACGCAUUCAGAGAUUAAGGUCUGAAGUUGUCUCGCCAACUCAGUGGGCUGAGAGAGCUGAGCAGAAGGCCAGAGAGAGAAUUCAGCCCCUUCUGGAUGAAGCCCAGCAAAUUGGUGAGUCCAGGAACAACAGAAUUAACUCUCCACUGAGGAGUCGAGUGCCUGAACAGGCUGCAGAGAGGGCAGAAGAGCAGCUGAGUGAAGAGCUGCUGGACGAUUUGUUAGAGGACACCGCCCGGGUGGCAUGGACAGUUAGGACAGACAGACAGCUGCAGGACGUGGCCCAGGACAGGCUGCAGGCCCCAACCCUGGAGAGUAUGCUGCUUCGUAUGGAGGAGAUACAGCGGGAUCAGGAGGAAGUGAGAAGACGGUUUGCUUCUAUCACCUAUUCAGACCCUCUUUACUUGAAACAACCAGGACCAGCAGGAUUCCAGUCCCAUGCCCCCAGCUCCAGGCCAGCCUCCCCUCAGCCAAUUAGGCUCACAAAUCCAGUGCCGAAGCAGACCUCUGCAGCGGAUAUUGUCCUUGAGAAACCUGUCGAGACUGGCUUCCUGUGUGAGAACAGCCUGACAGAGGAGGCAUCCCAAGAUGAGCAGCAUCCUGCAAACAACACCAUGUUCCCUGGCCCUCUGGAGGGAAGCAAGGCGCCUGUUAUCUCAGUGCCAGGCAGCAUGCUGAGAGGCAUUCGGCAGUACCGGGAAGACUAUGAGGCUUACCUGCGCGCUGUGGCUCAUGAGGCUGUGGGCAGCUUCGACCCCUGGGCCGUUGCAGACGGCUUGGCUGAUGAGUUGCUGUCGGAGGCUCUGGCUGAUGUGGCAGCAGAGUUUCAGGAUGUUGUGGAGGAGUAUGCUGAGGCCGUCUUCACCUCUGAGUUCCUGCAGCCGAUCCGGUCACCACCCGCUUCAGCCGCAGCUUUGGCCAGACAAUAGGAUGCUGCAGCAUUAUGGAUGCAGCAUUAUCUUUAAAACCUUUGAUAUUAUGUUUGCUGUGGAUGGAAAUUUUUACCUUGUCAAACCCUGGACUACUAUUAUUUAUUAUUUUUAUAUAGAGUUUUGUAUGUUGUACAAUCAGAUAUUUUAUUUUUGAAAGUUUUUAUUUAUUUGAUCUUAGACAAAGGUCUGAAAACACGUUUAUAGAUAACUCCUGCAAUGACACAAUAUGAUUUUAUUUUACUGGGAUCUCAGAUUUUAUUGUAAAGCUCGGCAGAAGAGAUUGUUGAGUUACUUAGGGAGCAUUAGUCACAUUACUUCUUUUGGUCCAUCUGUAUCUGUGUUUGCGUACCUCUGGGAAAGUUAGUUUAGUGUAGAUAAGCUUAGAGAGACCAUUAGAACAUUACAGAGGAUUAUGAGAUUACAGCCGUCCCCUUGCACUUGGUCUAAAUCUCCCUGAGGAUUACUCACACUUAUUAUUUUCACAUUGGCAUAUGGAAAUAAAUUAAUUGCAUACGGUUUCCACCAAACUGAUGUAGGAAGCCAAGGACAUGGUGCGCUUAAGGUCUUGUAAAUUGAUUUCUCUUUCAUUUUAAUGUCUAAAUAAAGGGUCUCAGCACAGAAAAAAUACUUCCCUCUAAAUUUAAUGUGUUAUCCUUGUAAUCUCUGUCCACUCUGAGGGUUGGACCACAUGAAAGGAAAGUGAUAAGGGUAUGGUUAGGGAUUUUUUUUUUCUUUUCAGGGUUUUGAACUUGGUUGAGAACUAUUUUAAUAAUUCUCUUUUCUGUGCUUUUCUUUCUUAAUUGUGGUAAAAUGUGUAGCACAAAUUAAACAGGACAAACUUGACAGACUGAGAAAAUGUCCCUUGAGAGCAACAUGAAAGCCAGGCAGAUAGAGCAAUGGGGGCACAUGCAGAUGCUGCACUGGCCUGUGGGGACCAGCCUUUGAUUGGGGACAUACAGUGACUGAAUGAAUUAGCUCACACUGAAUCAGCUGCCCCGUAGUUCCUCUCAGGCUGUGUUGUGUGUUUUUGUGUGUAUGAGGGCGUCAGAAUGCAUGCAAGCUUUAACAGGCUCAUGCACAGUGCACAUUUCCCCUUUGCGAUCUCUGAUAAAUACAAACUGGUACGUUCAAUGUGAGGGAGGUGUUGCUGUCUUUACAUAGGCAUAAGGAAGGCAGGUAGCUCUGACAUGCGACUGGGAAACAUCAAAGACCAUGAAAUAAUGAGUUGAUUUAUGAUUAUUUUUAGCUUUUAUAGUUCAGGAGACGUUUAAAAGACACAUCAGUGUAUAUUUGCUUUGUCACUUACUUAACAUCAGGGAGCAGCUUAGCAAAUCUUACAGUAAGACCAAACUGUUUUGAUCCUUCAGGCUUUACUGUGGUUGACUUGGAUGUCUUUGAUUUUUCAGCGUUAAUGCUGUAACCACCAUGCACAAACAUAUUACUGUGGAAAGACCAGAAUUAGAACAGUUUUCCUCAUUAUUAUAAUUUUGAAUGAUCACAGACAUUCAACCUUGCCACCGGUCAGCGCUGACUCAUUAUCAGAACACCGACUGCAAUAUAUUCACGUUCGCAGGGGCACUUUGGCAUGCAGGUGCGUCAAAGUUGCUUUGUGGCAGUCGGGUCUGUUUUGCUCAGUGUUUACAACAGAUGGAUCCUUGCUUGUUAGUCAUGUUUGCUCCUCUCGGGGGAUAUUCUGUCGAAGAUGAAGUAUCUGAGGGAUGAUUUCUGCUGAGAUGCUGGCCAUCACUGAGCAGUCUGUCGCGCAGACACCACCAUCGUUUGCAUUCUCAUAUUUUCCCCUUUUUUUUCAGACCAUUUUGAGACGCCAUUCGCCAUCUGAGAUCUCAUUAAAUACAUGACUGAAGGGAAGCAUCUGUCACGGCUGUGCAUUGUUGGGAUUAAUAAUACCUCUCAGAUUGAAGUGUUUGUUAUGUAGUUAUUAUAUGAAUCGAGUAAAGAAGAAGCAAAGUCCUUGCAGAGAGCCAGCUAUACUCGCAGUGAUGGAUCAUGAGAUAGAAAUGAUUAUCUGUCAAGCUCAAAACACGUGUGUACAAGGCAGAGUGAACGUGUUGGAGUUAUUUAGAAAAACUAGAUAUUCUUCAUUUAUUUUUUAUUAAUGUAAGAUACAGUUGAGUAUAGGCCGACAUACAGAAUAGCUCACUUCAGCAGGAGGAGCAGCAUGACCUUUCUUUGAUAUCAUAGUUGAUCAAAGGGUGGGAGAAGUAGUAAUGCUCUCCACUUGAAGUCGCAAUACCACAGCGUAAAAGUGUUUCAUUAUUAAGUAAAAGCCCUGCUUUCAAAUGUGCAAAAUAUAUUCAGGAGAAACUACGGAUAAACAAAGCGUAGCCUGUAGAACAAAUUAAAAGCGAAAGCACUCAUAAUGUAUAAUGAUUUUACAGAAACUGGUGUUUUCAAUUUUCAUGGUUGAUGCAUGAAUAUUUUAGCAGCAUGUUGCUGUAGGUGGUUAAAGUGUAAUAAUACUAUAGCAACAACUACAUUUGAUAAGAAUUUAAUAUCAUUUGCAAAGGUUAAAUAAUAAGGUAGCCUUAAAUGUACUUACAGGAAGUAAAUGUAAGUCAGUUUGCACCCCAGUGUAAUUUACUCAGGUUACAAUUAUAAAUAUGUUCACUACAUUAAAAAUCAAUUCAUAAUACCUAAAAUAGUUGUGUUUUAUAUGAAUAAUGAACAAUGAAACUGUUGAGUGUUUUUACUGUUAUACCUGAACUCCAGAAGAAGAAAAUAUAAUUUGGAUGAUUAAUUGGAAAGCAGGUAAAGCUUGUUUCCUUGUUAUUUCACAGCAAAUGAAGCAGACAUGAUAUCGGAAGCUGAUUAAAAGUGUUGAAUUUAUAUUUAAUAGCUUUUUACUCUAAUUACAGUUAUGUUGCUUAUAUUGACUGCCAUUCCUUUUUUUUCUCCAGUGCGUACCUCCACUUCUCCAGGAUUUCUUUCACUGACUCCCUACAGAUCACAUUGUCAUCUGUGAACCAUGGACACUCCUGCAUCCUCAUCAGUCAACCUCUCCAUCAACAUUGCAUGGAAGAAUAUAAGUCUCUUAUUUAAAAAAACAAAACAAAAAACCCUUUGUAACCAAGGAGUAAAAAUACUAUU